AUGGACCAUAGGAAGCAAUUUAUAGGGCAAUCCUUUCCAAAUGUGUUCCUCGAAAUAGAGGAUGUCCUUGAGACGAAUGGAAUAACUGCGUUCGAGAUUUUGAGCUUAUGCCGAUUACCCGAAGAUGAAGCGGUUAAUAAAUUGAGCCAGAAGAUCAACCUUUCUCCAAACAAGAUAAGGUCAAUCUUAAAUGAAAUGCGCUACCGGUUCAUCAGUCACAGAAACGAAACCAUUUCUCCACUUGUCAAAAAUCCAAGUAUUCCUUCGGGAUUGCAAACCCUAGACAAACUCCUUUCUGGGGGGAUAUCAUUGGGUUCGCUUACAGAGGUGUUCGGAUCAAGUGGGAGUGGAAAAUCACAAUUCCUACUCCAAAUUGCUCUUCAGGCCCAACUUCAAACGAACUGUCAGGGUAUGCCAGGAAAAUGCAUAUAUAUAUCUACAGAAUCUGCAUUGGAAACGAGAAGGUUGUCGCAAAUGGUGGCUUCCAAUGGUCUGCUACCAGAAGGUUCUCUCAAUAAUAUUACAACUAUCUAUUGUCAGGAUGAAGAGAGCCAGGAUCAUAUAUUUUUUACUCAAUUACCAUCGAAGCUCAGGACUGCUCAAGACAACAAAGAAAAUUAUACGCUUGUUAUUAUAGACAGCAUUGGUCAUCAUUUUCGUCUCCAAGAAUCUUUCAUAAACAAUCUGGCAUAUUUGAGAACCUAUCUAAAGCAGCAAGAGAUGGAACUAAACCAGUUUCCCACGUAUACUUACUUGAGAUCCGAUUUUGAAAGGGUCACUAACAAAUUUUUGAGAGGCAAUUCUUCAUUUCGCAAUCGAAGCAUGAAGAGACUUUACUUGCUUGAUUUGUAUCGGCAUCUUUACCACAUGGCAACCACUUUCAAUGUUGCAAUUUUGAUUGCUAACCAAGUGAGUGAUCUGGUCCAAGACCAAUGCGAACCAGGUGGGAUCUGUGACCCUUUGGACUUCAACCAACAAGUUGGAUCAUUUUCAGGAUGGCAACACAAAACAGCAAUGGCCCCAUUGUUUAAUCUGCUAGAAAAAACACAUGGUAUUUUGAGCCAAUAUUCUAAGCGAAGGAAACUCAGCAAAGAAACCUCGAGCGUUUACAAUGUUCACGCAAAUCAACCCCCAGAAAAAACUCUGGCAUUGGGUUACACGUGGGCAAAGCUCGUUUCACAUAAGAUUCUUCUAUGGAAGACUUAUGAACCUAGAUUGGCUAAAUCGCAGUUUCCUCUCAGCGUUGAGAGUCAUAACCCGGAAGAACAGCAAGAAGGAAUGUGUUCAACGCAUGAUGAGGAGGGUUGGGAGAGGGUCAAUUUCGCAAAGGUAAUCACCCCUAUAAAUGUGAACUCCCAUGAGGCAGUCCAAUUUCGAAUAGUUCCAGAAGGCCUCAAACAAUCCUAG